AUGCAUUUCACCAAAAUGACAUUAUCUUCAGAAAGCCGACUAACAGAUUACAGCAUCAUCAACAGAUCAGCUUUCAUCAUGAAGAUGCUAGUGUGUGCUCUUAUUAUGGUGCUCCUCUGCAGUGCCUCAGUGCACUCUCUGACAUGCUACAACUGUGUGGAUGGGAACUGCAAGACCCCAACUGAAUGUCCAGCCUCGAGCAAUUACUGCAAAACUGUUUCAACACCUGAUGUUUUCGCCCGGACAUGUGAGGAGUUCUGUGUCCCUGGAGUGAAUGUCUACUGCUGCAAUACCGACCUGUGUGACUGAUCUUCUCUUAACAUCACCAGUCCUGCUGAUCUUAAUCAGUAGAGACACUAUUAGUCAGACAUCAAUGCUUAUUGUAAUAGCAUAGUAAGAAAAAUGGGUCAUUGUAGGUGUUCAUUAUAUUCUAAAAAUUGCAGUUUUUCUAAUGACCUUUUUCCACCCUGACUCAAUCUGGUUUGCCUUUAUGUAUCACUGCUUUAAGGAAUGUCUAAUAAGUGAUGUCUCUGUCCUCUGUAUCUGAUUUGAUUUAUGAAUGAAAUAAAAAUACCUAA